UAAUGAACUUCGAUUGUUAUUUAGAACUUUUAGUAAGCUAAAUGUGUUAGUUGACUUUUGGUAAAAAGUUGUUUUGAUUCAUAGGAAAUAAAUAUUAGUUCGUUAGAUCUUGGCAAUAUUUUUGAAUUUCUUACUAAAAAAUGGAGACUAAACCAAAAAAUGAAUAUUUACUUGCUUUAAAAGUAAUGAGGUUAACACGACCCACUCUUGCCAGUCCUAUAGUUGUUACUUGUGAUUCAACAGAUUUACCAGGUAAUACGCUCAACAAUGAGUUAAAAAAUGAUUGCACAUCAUUGCAAGGAAUGGAAACACUUGCUAUUGGGCAAUUUAUGGUAUUACCGCAAAGUUUUGGAAAUAUAUAUUUAGGAGAAAUAUUUUCAAGCUAUUUAUGUGUACAUAAUGGUAGUAAUCAAGUAGUUAAAAAUGUGACUGUUAAGGCAGAUUUACAAACGAGUACUCAAGUUAUUUCAUUGUCAUCGGGAAAUUCAGAAGUCAAAGAAUUAGCUCCUGAUAAUACAGUGGAUGAAGUUAUUCAUCAUGAAGUUAAAGAGAUAGGAACGCAUAUAUUAGUAUGUGAAGUUAGUUAUGCACCUGCUAAUUUAAUGGGUCCUCAACAGUCGUUCAGGAAAUAUUUUAAAUUUCAAGUAGUUAAGCCAUUGGAUGUGAAAACAAAAUUCUAUAAUGCAGAAUCUGAUGAAGUGUAUCUUGAGGCACAAAUACAAAAUCUUACAGUAGGUCCAAUUUGUCUAGAAAAAGUGUCAUUGGAAUCGUCACAUUUAUUUAGCGUAUCAACAUUAAAUAAAAAUGAAAAGGGAGAAAGUAUUUAUGGGAAAAUUAACUUAUUGGAUUCUGGUUGCAGUAGACAAUAUCUAUACUGUUUGAAACCUCAGUUAAGUUUACAAAAAGAUCCUAAAAUGAUGCAUAAUGCUACUAAUAUUGGGAAAUUGGAUAUUGUAUGGAAAAGUAAUCUGGGAGAAAGAGGACGACUACAAACAAGCCAGUUACAAAGAAUGGCACCAGAAUAUGGAGAUUUAAGAGUCAUUAUGAAAGAUAUUCCAUUGAAGGUUUACCUUGAAGAACAAGUAAAUCUUAAAUGUCACAUAACAAAUACUUCAGAAAGAAGUAUGGAUUUGUUAUUAAGUUUGGAAUCAAGUGAUUCAAUUGCAUGGUGUGGAAUAUCUGAUAAAAUAAUUGGAACGUUAAAACCUGGAACCUCUAUUGAUGUACCUUUGAGUUUAAUCCCAUUAGAUAGUGGUAUUACUAUUAUUUCUGGCUUAAAGUUGAUGGAUACUUUUUUAAAAAGGGUAUAUGACUAUGAUGAUUUAGCACAAAUUUUUGUCAACCAAUUGAAUUAAUGUGACUUAGGACAAUAUAUAAUUUUCACUGACAGCUCCAACAGCACAUGCUAAUAAUGUUUGAACAUCCUUAGGUUCGUUUCCACCAAAAAUGUAACCAUUUGCCUUAUCAAUGGCAUUUUUCACUUGUAACAAAAGUGCUUGAUUGGAAACAUCCAAUGAGAAUAUAUUUACCUGGAUCGCUACAAUGAUGUGAGUCUACAAGAUGUACGCUACAUAAUCUUAUUAAAUUCUGAGUCAAUUUCUCAACAAUUGAACUAACAGAUUUAUGAUGUGUAUAAAGUUCAACCUAUUUAUAACAAAGUUAUAAUUCAAUAAUGUAUUCACGAUAAACGAUUUAAAUAUUGAUGUAUAAUUAUACCUGUCCUGGGCAAUCAAAAAUAAGUAAACUAAUGCACCAUUCGGACCAAGACCAUAUUCUGACAUUACUUCUUCGUGUUCGAUUAAUUCGGAUAUAUCUACUAAUGGGGUAUAUUCCAUAUUUUCAUUGGCUGGAUCUGAUGGUAAGAAAAUAUAUUUGUAUAAAUUAAAUAAUUACAAAUUAAUGCUAUAUCAAGCAUACCAAUGUUGAUAACAGCUACUUUUCUGCCCAUUUGUUCCAAAAAUUUACACAUUGCAUUACAGUAUGUAGUUUUUCCACUACCAGGUGGCCCAAUGACCAAUUGUCCAAAUAUUAAACUCAUAUUUUUUAUCAGUCUUCAAAAUUACCACAAUUUCAACUGAUUUAUAGUAUCAGUUAUAGUUUUUAAUAUCUCUUUAUUAUAAUCUUUUAAAGAUAAUGACAACAAUAAAGGUUUAUCUAUAUUUAUUUCUUCUGCGAUAUAUCUAGCGGCAGCAUGAACAUCAACUU